UGGUUUGUACACUCAGUGUAUAAUUACGUGCAUUCAGAUUCAGAUUUAUUUGUAGGACUAUAUAUGGCAGAAGGCUAUGGAUAAUUGUAAUCCGUAUGGUGAUUAUCCUUAGUGKGGAACUGUGUCGGGGGGAUGCAGCCAUCAUUGUUAGUGAUUUUACCCUUUUCGCCAGCUGUACACGUCACAGCAUCCUCUCUCUGGUGCGUUUAGAAACGCACCAUCGCUGCAUCAUUCCGCUUUCUCUUUAAUAAUUAUAGGGGGCCCCGAGACCAUAAUAGGCUACGUUUCAAUCAUGGUCGACGAUGUUCCACCGAUUAUAAAUAUUGCCAUCGCUCUAAAAAUUCAACCGAAUGAUGGACCGGUGUUUUUCAAGGUGGAUGGGACCAGAUUCGGCCAGAGCAGGACAAUAAAAUUGCUUACAGGAUCGAAGUAUAAGGUUGAGGUGGUUAUGAAGCCGGGAAAUACUGAUGCCACCACCAUGAACAUCGGAGGUAUCACCAUCCCUCUAGAGCAGCAGUCCAAAGAUGAGGAGUCAGUGGUGUACCAUGGACAGUACGACACAGAGGGAGUGCCUCACACCAAGAGUGGGGACAGGCAACCUGUCCAAGUCAGCAUAGAGUUUGGAAAGGCGGGCCAAUUCGAGACAAUAUGGCAGGUAAAGUACUAUAACUACUACAAGCGAGACCAAUGCCAGUUUGGGAACAAAUUCACCAAUAUCGAGUAUGAAUGCAAGCCCAAUGAGACGCGCAGCCUGAUGUGGAUUAACAAAGAGGUGUUCAAUUGAGGAGCACCAAUCAACUCCUCCUUCCAAUGCCCCAGUAACGGAAGAAAAACAAGCAGAGGAGAUGAGUUGCACACGAUAACUAUUUUACCAUCAACUUAAGAGGAAAAAGACUUACCGUAGGCAUGCGUUUCAAGUCACUGAGCACCAUAAUUGUCUGUUUUAGAGAGAGGGGGGCAGUUAUCUACCAGGCUGAUCUCGGGGGUUGUUCUUAAUUGGUUUUAAUCAAGAAACAUAGUCAGGUUAUUAUCAGCAAUAUCAUUGGGAAUCACAGCUAUACAACAUCCGCUGUGUUGACUCUCAGCUCUGGCCACACGAGUAGAAGCUGUGGCCCUCCUGGACCAGGAUUGAAGACAGCUGCGGGUGGAAAUGUAUCUAACCUGACUUAUUACCUGUGAAGUGUGUGUGAUGUGAGUUGUAUGAAUAAAUUGACAUUAUAUUUGUGUUAUCCUAUGUGUUAGUUCUAGUGUUGUUUAAGCCUUUGAACAUCUGUUUACUUCUGUAAAUGCAUGGCUGAAUAAUCCUAUGCCUAAAGGUUUUGUUGUUCAGAUGCAAAAUGAUAUCAGAUUGCCUAAACUGUUCAGUUCUGUUAUAAAUGUAAUUGAAAAGUGUGGAAGUAAAUAAACCCAUACCAGUUACUAGCGUA